UAAUAUAUACACCGUCACCACCGUUAAUUGCAAAGAAUACUGUUCAAUUAUCGUCUUCUUUGGUCACAAAAUAACCAUCAGAAAAGCAACACCUGUAAGAACUCUGUGCACCAUCUAGCGGAGCCAUGAUCUCGCAGUUCUUCGUUCUUUCACAGCGUGGAGAUAACAUAGUUUUCCGUGACUAUCGUGGUGAGGUCCCAAAGGGAAGUGCUGAGAUAUUUUUCCGAAAAGUAAAGUUUUGGGAAGAUGGUGGACUGGAGGAGGCACCACCUGUCUUUAAUGUAGAUGGCGUAAAUUACUUUCAUGUGAAAGUUGUUGGCUUACUGUUUGUGGCAACUACAAGGGUUAAUAUAUCACCUUCCUUUGUCUUCGAGCUUUUACAAAGAAUUGCUCGCGUUAUUAAAGAUUACCUUGGGAUUCUCAAUGAAGAUUCAUUACGAAAAAACUUUGUCCUGGUGUACGAGCUACUCGAUGAAGUUAUUGAUUUCGGUUAUGUGCAAACAACAUCUACAGAAUUGUUGAAGUCCUAUGUUUUCAAUGAGCCACUUGUAAUUGAUGCAGCACGUCUGUCACCUCUUGGACCUGCUGCAAUAUUUUCUCAGGGGACUAAAAGAAUGCCAGGAAUAGCUGUAACAAAAUCUGUUGUUGCAACAGAGCCUGGGGGCAGAAGGAGGGAGGAAAUAUUUGUAGAUAUAAUUGAGAAAAUCAGUCUCACUUUUAGCUCUAGUGGAUAUAUAUUGACUUCUGAGAUUGAUGGCACCAUACAAAUGAAGAGCUAUCUUACUGGCAAUCCUGAAAUUCGAUUAGCUCUUAAUGAAGACCUUUCCAUUGGAAGAAGCCAGGGACCAGUUUCAGGUUAUAGGAGUUCCUCUGGCUCAGGAGCAGUGAUAUUAGAUGACUGUAAUUUCCAUGAAUCUGUUCGUCUUGAUAGUUUUGAUACAAACAGAACUCUAUCUCUGAUUCCACCGGACGGUGAAUUUCCGGUUAUGAAUUACCGUAUGACCCAGGCAUUUAAGCCUCCUUUUCGUAUCAAUGCUUUGAUUGAAGAAACAGGGUCCCUUAAGGCAGAAGUUUUUCUUAAAGUAAGUGCUGAGUUUGCCUCAAGUAUAACAGCAAACACUAUCAAAGUACAGAUGCCACUACCAAAAUAUACCACCAGAGUUAGUUUUGAACUGGAGCCUGGAGCUACUGGACAGACAACAGAUUUUAAGGAAACAAAUAAGAGGCUAGAAUGGAGUUUAAAGAAGAUUACUGGGGGAUCUGAGCAUACUUUACGUGCAAAGCUAACCUUUUCUCAGGAAUCACAUGGUAACAUAACGAAAGAAUCCGGACCUGUUAGCAUGACAUUUACUAUACCAAUGUACAAUGUAUCACAGCUUCAGGUAAAAUAUUUGCAGAUAGGAAAGAAAUCUGGGACGCAUGAUCCAUAUCGGUGGGUUAGAUAUGUUACGCAGGCAAAUUCUUACGUUGCUCGUAUCUGAUGCAACUAAACAAUCCCUCCCCCUUUUUUCUCCCCCUGUUGUUACUCUUUAUUAUCCUUGCUUUUAUUUUAUUCUUUAUUUAUCAAACUGCAUUCAAAUUAAGCAUAGAUGACAUAAUUGUUUUCUUUUAUCAUUAAUUACAUAUACGGAAUGAAUUACAUCACUAUUCUCACCUAUUUAUGUAAACGGGUUAACCAGUCAUAUUAUAAAGCUUUUAUUUACGAGAACAA